AUGAAUUAUAGUGAUGAAAAUGAAGAUUCAACUCUAGACAUUGAUCACAAUACUUCUUUUUCAACACAAAGGCCUUAUUUUAAUGAUGAAAAUGAAGUUGAUGAUGUUUAUGCCAUUCGAAUUAUGGAUAAACCAUCUAGCUCUUCACCAAAAAAAAAGAAGACUAGAGGUGUCACAGCAUUGCUACGUUUCAUUGCCAAACUUCCUGAUGGUGAAAAAUACCAAAUUGAUUUUGAUCCUGAUACCUUCCAACCCAUUGGUCAGUAUGCUGCAAAGUUUAAAAGUUAUUUGUCAUUCAUUGCACGUAGCAAGGUUAGUAUAAAUGAAAAGCAAUGGAAAAAGAUAAGCGAUAAGUUGAAGGACGUGAUAUGGGACGAUAUCACGUGUAAGUUCACUUGCCCCACUGAUAAAGAAUUUAGGAAGCAUUGGUUUGUUUAUAUGGGGGAACGAUUGAAGCAAUUUAAGACAUUGCUCUCAAAUGUCUAUAUAUUUGGGAAAGGAGAUAAGCAUGGAAAUACAACUCCAUUUGAAAAGUAUAAAUUUAUCAAAGAAGAAGAUUGGGAUUUGUUUGUCCAGACUCGACAAAAAGAAGAUUUUCAAGAGAAAAGGCUAAAAGGAAAGACACAUGCAUCAAAGAAUAUCCACCCUCAUAUUUUGUCUCGUGGUGGUUAUGAAAAACUUAGGGCCACCGUAAUGGAAGAGAGGAGGAAAAAAGUGAUUGAAGAGGCCAAAGGUGAUGAAAGUUUGAUGGUUGACCCUCCCGAACUAAAGCGAUAUGAGGCAUGGUUGAUGGCUCGACAGAAGCCAUCGGGAAAUUUUACAUCUGAGGCAACAAACUUAGUAGCAUCUAAGAUUGGAGAGUUAGUGGAAAAAAAUACACAAGGUACUAUUGUCUUUGAAGGGCGUGACGAUAUCUUGACUGUUGCCCUUGGAAUAAAUGAACACCCUGGUCGGAUCCGCACUGCUCCUAGGGGUGUGGGCUUUAAGAAAUUCUAUGGAAAAAGUUCACGCUCCACCUUAGGAGGUGUCUCUCAAGAUGACCUUCUAGCCCACCUUCAAGCCUUGGAGCAAAAAAUGAAUAUAGAUUUCCAACAUAAAUUACAAAAACAUCUCCAACAACAAAGAACAGAGCUCCAACAACAAAUGCAAAAAGAGAUGCAAGAGGAGAGAGCUCAAAUCCAACAAGGAAUGAAACUCCUACAACAGAUGCAAUUGGAGCUCCGCUCCGAGAGGCCUAAAGAGAUGUUUAUAAAAGAGCAUGUAGAAUCUGUGGGUACGAGCACUAACGGAAGUUGCUCAAAGGUUAUGACUACUGAAGAUUUAACUAAAAAAAUGGAUGCUUCUGAAGAUUACCUCAAAAAGAUUAACAAUCUCAAGGAAAAUUCAUUCUCUCUAGAUUUGGAUCAUGAAACAAGUGAACUCUCAGUUUUUAUUGAUAGGGUGGAUCUUAAUGAAUUAACUUCCGGUAUUAAAUGGCUAUCCACAUCUAUCUUGUCUUUAUGGUGCACAUAUCUACAUCGCAUGUGUAUCUCCAAGAAUUUCAACAAACUAUUUGGGUUUCUCGAUCCAAAUAGGAUACUAGUUCACACAAAACCGGCCGAAGUUAUUCAAACAUACAUACAAAAUAAGUUGGAUGGAGAGCCAAAAAAAUGUUAUUUAGGACCAUUGCUAAAUAGGUAA